AUGUCGGACUAUCGCGCAAAAUUCUAUACCGGUGGUACCUGGUCUCUGUGUACCUCAAACAUAGUGUCCCUAACAUAUCAAACACCUGUUCGAGAUGCCACACAGACAAAGGAACGAUGCUGCACACCUGGUGGCACCGCUCGCAACUCAUUACAUACUG